AACCAGUAACUUUCAUGUUCAAAUGUUGGCAAAAGAUUUGGUAAUUGUCAGUUACAGAAUUCUAGGUUAGAAUAUUCGUGAAGAAAUCUUGAAAUAGAAAGCUUAAUUUCCAAAACCGAUACAGCAAUGUCUUUACGCCUCGCCAAUUUGACCACAAUUCGCCUGCUUCAGGACAACUUGCCCCCGUUACUAGUUCCCCAGCUUCGUGAAAGACACACCAAACACUGGGACCCCAAAUGGAAAAGCCUCCGGCGUCAAAAGGUCAUGAAGGUAGACUUACCGAAUUUUCGCGAAAAGCCGGAAGACUUAACUGAGGAACAAGUGCGUGCUAAGUUGAAAGAGCAUGGGAUUUUGCCCCCACGCCCGUGGGUUGAAAAGCCCUUUUUCAUAAGCUCGACUGGUGGUAUUUUCGAGCCAUACGUACCCCCUGAGGGUGACGGGAAGAUCUCCCCCAUUCACAUGCAGGGGGCUAAACAGAAGUUGCAGUUUUUGGAAAAGAAAUCAAAAACGAUGAUGGCAAUUAGGAAAAUUCGCAUGUUUGAGGAAGAUUUCGAUACUACGGCGUUUUGUAAAGAAGCUGAGAAUAUUUACGUGAAAAUGCACGAGUUAAUGGCAAAAAAAGAUUGGGAUAACAUCACAGACUAUGUCACUGAACGAGCGUAUCCGGAGGUUAUUCAUAAUGUGGAAAAUAAAACUAUUCACUGGAAGUUGAUUAAAAACAUCGAGUUGCCAAGGGUUGUACACGCGAGGUGCACUGAUGUAAUAACGAAAGAAAACGUUUUUGGCCAAACUACAGUCAGGUUUCACACACAACAGAUGUUGGCAGUGUAUGACCGAUUUGGUCGUUUGAUGCAUGGGAGCGAAAUAAUCGCAAAGGACGUUUUAGAAUAUAUAGUUUUCGAAAAACAUUUGGCCAAUGUUUAUGGAAAAUGGCGCAUUCAAGGAAAAAUCAUCCCGGAUUGGCUCCCGCCUAAAGAACCCUCCGCGACCACUUAUCUGAAGCCGGCUGAGGAAACACCCCCAGCCCUACCAGCCGAAGUACCACCACCCGAAGAAAAGGAGAUCUCCAAAGAAAGUAAUCCUUAAAAACAUACAAAAAAUAUAUAUUUUAAAUUAUAAUAUACAAUUUUCCAAUAAAUUAUCGGUUAUCUA